UGACACCGUCUGCGACCCGGCAUGCGUCGAGGAGCUCUUCAGGCGCGCAGGGAGCAAGGACAAGACGCUCCGCGUGUACCCUGGGAUGUGGCACCAGAUCAUCGGCGAGCCCGAGGAGAACGUCGAGAAGGUGUUCGACGAAAUCAUCGCAUGGCUCAAGGCACGCUCCAGCGCCAGCGUUAGCGCCGGCUCCGCCACCGCCGACGCGCAAGAGCAGCAGUAGUUUGGGCACGCGUCCUGCGUGGGCGCCAUGGCCGCGAACUGCGUGCGUGGUCCGUUCCAUGGCGGAUUCUAGAUUCCUGCUACCAUCGAGUACGGGUCCAGCAAUAAACUUGUUGUGAUCACUGAAUUUGUUUGGUUCGAUGCUAGGAGUUCUCAUCUAAUGGUCCCGGUCUACCAUCUGCACCUGCUUGAGCAGCCGUCGCUACCCGUGAUGAAGAAUCUGGCAGCUUUGUUUCUUGAAUUUAAUGAAUGAGCAACAUUUUCUGUCA